GAAUAUUUAAAGAAUGUUGAUAUUAUUUGGUUUCAAUAAAGUAAGAGAAGAAAAGUCAAUUAAGAUUUUUUAGAUUAGAGCAUUAUUCAUUAUUCUGUUUGAAUACUUUUUCAUAUCUUGCUGCAACUCUCAAACCCCUUUUAAAACUUAAAUUACAUAAUACCUAUAGAUUAAGGAACAUAAUGCGAUCCUAUUUUAAAACUCUACUAGCUGGUACUAUUGCGUAUUUGAUAUAGCAGGAAAUCCUAUUUAAAUAUAAACCCUAAAUUAAAUGUCUACAAGUGGCUCUUAUUAAAGAUUUGACUAUAUAAUAGAGCUAGAUGUAAUUUCAAUUAUAUUUGAUAGCUAUGAUUACAUUCAAUUGAAGUUCAAUAGCACAUUUUAUAUAACUUCAAUUUCUAGUUUCACAUCAAUCUAAACAUAAUGUUAUACUUUCUUGCUUAUAAAAUAUCCAAACAAGUAUUAGGUUUAUUGCACUUAUCUAAUUGCUGAUAAUAUAUUAUAAUUUGCCAAUUCUUUUACCUAAUUAGUACAAUAAACAGGAAAUACCAUUUCUAUCGUUAAAUAAGUAUAUAUUAAUGUGUUCUUGUAUAAGGACAUAAACAAAUCAAAGUAUUAUAUUUUAUGGAAUGAUAACACCUAUGAAGUUUCAUGGUAUAUCACAUAUGGUUGCACUUAUUUUUUGUAUAUAGAUCAAUAAAAUAAUUUGUUUUAGUGUGACUCUUAUCUUCUAGUUUUAAGCUUGAAUAAUAGUACAUACCAAGCUACAAUUGCUUAUAAAUAAAAUGUAAAUUUUGAAAAAACUACUCCUACUUUUUCUAAGCCUAUUUACUUUCAGAGUGGUCUUAAGGUGAUUCUUACUUGUUCUAGUAACUGUGUUACAUGGUAAGCAUGGAAUAUUAUGAAUUUAAAUAGCAUUUAAAUGUCAGGAGAUAGCCUUCAGUUUAUUGAUUAUUCAUAUAUCGUUUAAUAUUAAAAUAAUAUAGUAAUUGGAGUUAAUUAUUAUAUAAUAACUGAGGCUAGCGGGGGAAUAUAAGUUAAUUUAUAGAGUAAAACAGUAAUUAACUCUUAAUACUAUAAUUAUGAUUGCAAUACUGAUGGAUCUGGUUUUGUUCCUGAUUCUUCAAAAUAUGGCUUUGUUCCUUCAUUAAACCAAACUUUUGCUGUUUACUCAAAGCAAAAUAGUGUUUAUUAUUUAGCAAAUUUUGUCGGAUUAUAUGGCUUAUAUUUUCCACCUUGUUUAGUAAAUUAUUGUAGCAUUUGCUAAAUUUCUAACAAAAAUAAAUGCUAAACUUGCUUUUCUUCAUACUUCUUAAAUUACGAUUACUCUUGUGUGUCUUAAUGCCAAUCCACAUUUUAAGUAGAUUCUAGCAAAUAAAUGUGUAUUUGUGAUUCGAAUGCAUCUUUGAUAGCUAAUCCUAAUAAUUCAUAACAAUAAAUUUGUUAGUGCAAAUCAGGGUAUUAUAUGAAUAUGAACAGCUUUCAAUGUUCAAGUAGCUGCCCAACAACCUAUUUAAUAGAUACUUCAAAUAAAACGUGUGUUUGUCCUCUAUAUUCUUCAGAAGUUGUUAUUUAGAAUUCAACCUAAAAGCAAUGUAUCUGUAAUAGUUCUUACUAUAGAUAUAAGAGCUAAUGCAUUUAGAAUUGCCCUAGCACUUACAUCUAAAGCAGUAAUCCACCUGCUUGCUUUUGUGAUUCAAAUGCUCAAGAGAUCUAAAUUAAUUCUGUAUACAUGUGCUAAUGCAACAACGGCUAUUUUUUAACAUACAAUAAUAAAUGCAGCUAAAAAUGCCCAGCAACUUAUAAAUCAGAUACUGCAAAUUAAGUUUGUUUUUGUGAUUAAAAUUCCGUUUAAAUAACAGAUCCAUAAAAUUCAUAAGCUUUUAUAUGCUAAUGCAACAAAGGUUACUUCAUGGACAUAGAUUCUAACUGUGGAAUCACGUGCCCUUCUACUUACUUACAAAAUUAAUCAAACAAUACUUGUAAUUGCAGUUAAUAUGCUACAGUUGAUUCAACGACAAAGAAAUGUGUCUGUAGUUUAGGAUAUUACAUGCAAUACGACUUUAAUUGUACUAAUACUUGCUAUGAUACAUAUGUUGCAGACAAAACAAGCAGAAUAUGUAAUUGUCCACCUAACUCCAGUGAAUAAUUCAAUAUUUCAUCAGGAAAAAAAUUUUGCUAGUGUUUAAGUGGUUAUAAUUUAUAACCAGAUAAAUUAUCUUGCAGUUAAUCAUGCCCAAAUACUUACUAAAUUAUUUAAUAAGCUUGCAAAUGUGAUUCUAAUUCCAAGGAGGCAGUCAUAAAUGGAGUUUCAUAGUGUUAAUGCAAUGAUGGCUAUUAUAUGAUAAAUAAUUUUUGCUGUCUCCAAGAUUAAGUCUUUUAAAAUAAUUAAUGCUAGAGUUGCAAAGAUGGGACUUUCAAAGUUGAUUCAACUACCUGCGGUUAAUGCAAGAAUUAUUGUGAAAUAUGCACGAGUUUGACUAAUUGUGUUCAAUACAAAGUGUGCCCUAAAGGAUAAAUAAUCGAUUUAGAUCUAGGUAUUUGUGUACCAUGCAUAAAAGAUUUACAAAAUAAUAUAGACUGUGUUUAUAAGUGCUAGACGGGAUAAUAUUUUGACUCUCUGAAAUUAACGUGCAGUUAAUGCUUUUAUUUAAAUGGUAAUUGUGUUGAGAUUUGCCCAGAUAAUUACUAUCAAGAUCAAAAAUCUACUAACUGUGUUAAGUGCAGCUCUCCUUUCUGUCAGAAAUGUAAGGGUCCUCUUGACUCAGAUUGUAUUUAGUGUUAUUCUGGACUAAGUCUUGGUUAAUUUUCUUUAUGUGGAGUCUGCUAAACUGAUAAUGGGUAUUUUAUAAAGGAUAACAAAUGCAUAGCCUGUUAAGAUUAAUGCUUAUAAUGCAUAGAUUAAAAUACUUGUAUUAAACAAUUAAUAUGUAACCCAAAUUAAAUUUACAAUCCUUCAAUAAAAAAAUGUUAAAAUUGUAUUUAAGAUUUAUAAAAUAAUAAUUAAUGUGUUUUAGCAUGCUAAUACAAUCAAUUCUUUGAUUCUAAUGCUAUGACUUGCAGUUAAUGCUAUUAUUAAUUUAACAAAAUGUUCUAUUAAUGUUAAAAAACUUGUAAUUAAGGUUUUUAUCCUGAUAAUUAAUUUUAUUGCUAACCAUGUGACGAAUCAUGUUAAACUUGUAACAAUCCUGGUCCUUAGAGCUGCUUAAAAUGUAAUUAAAAUAGCAUAUUGACUAAAUAAAAUUCAUGCAUCAAAUGUCUAAUAGAUAAUGGUCAAUUCAUAGAUGAAAAUUAUUAGUGUUAAUACUGUCCUAAGAAAUGUCUUAAAUGCAGUGAUAGCUCAAACUGUUAGAAAUAACUGAUUUGCAGUUCUAAUACAAUUUAUGAUGAAAGUAAAGAUUAAUGUGUUCCUUGUCUUUACGAUUAAACUAACGAUAUGAAAUGUGUUAUAGAGUGCAAACCAAAGAUACAGAUUCUUAAUUAAGGUAGUGUGUGCCAAAAAUGCUAUAUUCAAGAUGGUAUUUGUUAGUUAAACUGCAAUUAUGGAUAUUACCCUGAUGGUAGUAUAAAUUCAGAUGUUUAUGUUUGUUUGCCUUGCUAAUCACCAUGUAAAACAUGCAUUAAAAGUUCUAACUAAUGCACUUCUUGUUCAAAUGGUUUAGUUUUAAAUGAUAAAUUCUAAUGUGAAUUAUGCUAAAUUAGUUAAUAUUAUGACAAACAAGCUAAAUAAUGUUAGCAAUGUGAUGCUUACUGUGCUAAUUGUGAUGGGCCAUUGAAGAAUAAUUGCCUUUCUUGCUACAAUGGGUUCAUUUACAACAGCAAAACAAAAGAAUGUGAAACAGCUUCAUAAGCUUAAGAUAGCAAUCUCACCGAAAAUUUAUAUUUACACAUGAAUUGUACUCUUUCUGCAGAAGAAUGCUAGACAAAAUUAAAUAAUAUAGCUGAAAAUACUUAAAUUUAUGAUAAACUUUAGAUUACUGCUUUGGCUUUAAGUUUAUUUUCUUGUUUAGUUUUACAAGAUUAAUGGAUUGUUUAUUGGAGCUUUAUUUUGAUGAAAUAAGAAACAGGAAAUUUUUUAUUUACAGAAAAUCUCAGCUAUAAUUUAUUGGAUUUUAGUUUUCUCAAAUCAGAUUUUUCUUUUAAUAUAUUUAAUUAAUUUGAGUUUUAAAAUCCUUUCAGAUAAUAGAAAGCUAAUUUGACAAAUAAUGACACCAUUUACAUAGAUUUAAAAAAUGGUGUAAAUUCCUCUUUAAAUGUGAAUAGCAUUUAUUAUUUAUUUUCUGACAAUUGUUUCUUUUAAUCUUUAAUUUGCUUUGGAGCGUCUGCAUUUUUGAUAGUAAUAACUUUACUCAAAUCUAAAAUUGAAUUUCUAAAGAAUAAUUUAGCUUUUCUAGAUUUAAGAAUUAUAUUUUUAGUUUCUUCAUUGAGUUCAAAUAUGAUAAUAGUUAGCAUAGCAGUAGCAACAAAAAAAUAUAAUAUUAAUGGAACUAUUGAUAUAUGUUUUUUAAUGGUAAUUGCUGCUUGGUACAUAUUCUUUUAAUUUUUAUUUGUUAAGAGUCUAUAUAACCAUAACUUAAACUCACUAAGUCAAGACAAAAAUAAGUCAAGCUUCAGCUCAUUCUUACUGCUAGGACUUAAUUGUAAUAACUUUAUAAGUAGAUAUUAUUGGAUUAUCUUCGAACUGAGAAAAAUAGCUUCAACAGCUAUAAUAAUAAUUUUUUCUUAAUUUUAAUAAUCAUAAUUUUUGUAUGGAUUUUAGCUGCUUUUCUUUUUAAUUUAUUCAGCCAUUUUCUAGCUAUUUUCAAAUAAGUUGGUUAAUUUAACAUAUAUACUAUUCAUAUUUUUGAACAUAAUAUAGUCAGUCUUACUAGGUUUAAUUUCAAUGUAUAGCAGUAGUGAUAGUAACAAAGACCUAGUUGCAAUAUUUUAUAAAAUUUACUUUAUAGCUAUAGUAGCUUUUAAUGGCCUAUAAAUAAUAAUUAUGUUAUUGCAUCAAGCAUAUUUCUUAUUUUAGUGUGCUUUUUCAAAAUAUUUAAAUAAAAACUAUAAAAAGUACACAAAAGAUGAAAUUGUUAUGGUACAAUUCAAAAUUGAAGAUCCUUCUUAAUUGCUUAAUAAUUAUCAAAGCAAAAUCUUUAAUAAAUAGCAAUUUUUAUCUAACUAUCGAAAGAUAAAUCUUAGAAAAAAGUAAUAAUAUGAUCUAUUUUGAUGUUAAUUAGCUAUGCUUUUCUAAUCAAUAAUUUUAUAUUUUUCCUUAUCAAAUUAUGUAAUUUAAUAUAAUUAAUUGUAUAUGAUAAAACACUUCCUCAUAAUCUUAAUCUUAUGUUUUGUAUUUUCUUUUAUAAUUUAAUGCGUAAAAUUUAUUUAUUCAUUCUCGAA